AUGAAGUUCUUCAACAUCAUCACUCUCGCUUCUCUUGUCUCGGCUUUCCCUCAAUUUCGCCGACAAGAGGCAGUCGUUGGAACUAUCAAGAGUUCAGUCGACACUCUUGCUGACACUGCACUCACAACACUCACUAUAAUUGAAAAUGCUGUUGUUACUCUCAAAAACAUCACACGGGAUACCGAAUCCACGGAAGACGCUCAAAUUGCUGUCCAAGCCAGCCUUGAGGAAAUAGCCGAUGCUUUAAAGGCGGCCACAACUCAAAUUGCCAGUGUCACUACUGGAGCUGCUGGCAAUGUUGGUGGUCAAGCCGCUGGUCUUUCACCGCGACAGGUUGUCCAACUAACUGCCGCUCUUCGACGAACCAUUGGCACAUUAGACGACAUCCUCGAAACAGUCUCUGGCCUCAAGACCCUUGCUCCCGAAGUUCAGGCCCUAUUAGAGGCUGAGAUCAAGGCUCUUAGGGAUUCCGUCAACCCUUUCCUCCGCCCCCUACUCCUCUUCAGCGUUGCUGUCAGAAACGCCUCCCCUGGUCUGGUUGGUGGCAUCGUUCGAGGGUUGGAUUCUGCCUUUACCAAUUUGAUUCAACUUCAACGGGAUCUUGUUGCCGAUAUUGGUGUUCCCCAAAUGGGAGGUCUCUAA